CUGAACAGAGAACAAUGACAUAAAUUUGAAUUGGAAUUUGUACCUUAAAAAAAAUUGGACAGAAAUUCGCCAGAUUAUGUCGAAUGUUAGGAAAAAGUACGGCCCAUUAAUAGGGUCCAUAGACGAGGGGACAUCCAGUACUCGAUUUUUAGUAUUCGCCUCGAAAACUGCGGAAGUAUUAACCUACCACCAAAAAGAGGUGCCGCACAUAAUACCGCAGGAAGGAUGGGUGGAACAGGACCCGAUGUUUAUACUGGAAGCGGUUAAGGAGACGGUAGAGGUUACUUGCGAGAAUUUAAAAAAACUCGACAUUGACUAUGAGGAAAUAGUGACAGUCGGCAUUACGAAUCAACGGGAAACCACAAUAUUGUGGGAUCCGAUCACCGGCAAACCGUUCUACAACGCUUUAGUGUGGUUAGAUAUUCGAACAUCCAGUACUGUGGACAUUAUCCUGGAGAAUGGUAAAAGGUCACAAAACUUUUUGCAAAGCUUGUGCGGACUGCCAGUCAGCACAUAUUUUAGCGCGUUGAAAAUUCGCUGGAUCAUGGAUAAUGUUCCCGGUGUAAGAAAAGCCAUGGAAAAUGGCAGGUGCCUUUUUGGAAACAUCGACACCUGGUUAGUUUGGAAUUUCACAGGCGGCAUUAACGGAGGUCUUCAUAUAACAGACUGCACUAACGCGUCAAGAACCAUGCUGAUGAACAUAGAAACUCUCCAAUGGGAUCCUCAUUUGUGCAACAUUUUCGACGUGCCAAUGGGUAUUUUGCCGGAAAUUCGAAGCUCCUCGGAGAUUUACGGGUAUAUAACCUCGAUUCCGAAGUUGUCAGGUGUUCCCAUUUCCGGCAUUUUGGGCGACCAACAAUCGGCGCUGGUCGGUCAGCUCUGUUUCAAAGUUGGGCAAGCAAAGAGUACUUAUGGAACCGGUUGUUUUAUCCUGUACAAUACUGGCACGAGCCUUGUGCAAAGCGGUCACGGUCUCUUAACCACAGUCGCUUACCGGCUGGGCCCCGACAAGUCGCCUGUUUAUGCUCUAGAAGGAUCGGUCGCGAUAGCAGGCGUUUCAAUCCGCUGGUUACGGGAUAAUCUCAAAUUGUUAGAUGAUGCCGCCGAAUCGGCCGAAAUGGCACAGAACGUCGGCGAGGCCGGCGAAGUUGUCUUCGUUCCUGCUUUUUCAGGUCUUUAUGCGCCUUACUGGAGAAAAGACGCCAGGAGCGUCAUCUGCGGCCUUACGGAAGAAACGAAGCCCGGACAUUUGGUGAAGGCGGCGCUCGAGGGGGUUUGUUACCAGGUGCGGGACGUGCUCGAGGCGAUGACGCUCGACUGCGGUUUCCCCCUGAAUAAGCUCCUGGUGGACGGCGGCAUGACCUCCAACGACUAUCUGAUGCAGAUGCAGGCGGACUAUUGCGGGAUACCGGUCGUGAGACCGACAAUGUCAGAGACGACGUGCCUGGGGGCGGCGAUAGCGGCGGGUAGCGCGAAGGGCGUCGAAGUGUGGGACGCAGACAAGAUAGAGGCCACGCCUCACGACGUAUUCACGCCGUCGAUCAGCGAGGAUGUGCGCGACAUGAAGUACACGAGGUGGAAAAUGGCGAUCAAGAGGAGUAUGGGAUGGGCCGUAAGUGACGAGGAUAUGCGCGAUGGCGACAACGCUCGAACAGACUUUCCGUGCUUUUGUGGCAACGGCGAGAAGCCAGGUCACGAAGACAUGGUCCGUUCGCUGCCAGCUGGUCUGUUCCUAAUUUCUAGCGUCGCCUUGGUCGUGCUAGCGGAAAUCUUCAGGCAAGGAUCAGCGGCGUGAACGUCUAGACGUUCAAAAAACUGAUGUCACAUCACCAUUGCCUCGCAGUAUUAAAUUUUCGGUUUAGGAUUGCUGCCGUUUCGGGCAGCGUUUCAUUGUUAAUGAUUCGAUCGUAUCGAAUCCUGUUUGUUUGCUUUCAAUAAAAUAUGGUUGAUGGAUCU